CACACAGUUGAAGUUGAGGAUCUCAAGGAGACAGUUCUAAUAGAAAAUUUGAAAAAUUAAAUAUUUUGCCUAGCAAAAUUUAAACAAAUUUGGAAUUGUUAACAAAAAAAAAAAUCAGUGCUUGACUGACUGACUACUGCUGCUGCUUUGGAAUUGUUUGAAAGUUUGUGUGGAACAAAAUACAAAACAACUUUGAAAAACUAAUUUCAAAGCCAAAUAUCACUUGGGUAUCCAAAACAUAAAACAACACACCUUCCUCCCAUCACUACCACUUUUCCCCCCCAUAACAACAACUUUCCAAACACACACAAAACAAAAUGAGCGAGAAACCAAAGCGUCCUCUAUCCGCCUACAUGCUCUGGUUGAGCUCGGCCCGUGAACAAAUCAAAAAAGAAAAUCCCGGCAUUAAAGUAACUGAAAUUGCCAAAAAGGGUGGUGAAUUAUGGCGUGCCAUGAAAGACAAAUCGGAAUGGGAAGCUAAGGCAGCCCAGGCCAAAGAAAACUACGAGGAAGCUGUCAAAGAUUUUGAAGCAAAUGGUGGCAGUACGGCGAAUGGUGGUGGUUCGGCCAAGAAGCGCGGCAAAGCCGGCAAAAAGCCAGCGAAAAAGAGCAAAAAAGCCGAAUCCGAAGAUGAGGAUGAUGAUGAUGAAAGUGAUUAAAUUUCUAAGUUAAAUUCUAAUAAUUUUUAAGUCCCAAACUAUAGAAGAAAAAAAAAACAAAAAAUAUAUAAUGCCACCCCAUCAAGAGUGGAAGUUAUUUGUUACAAAAAAAAAAAAAGAUAUAUAUUAGAAGAUAAUCCUCCCGCCCCCCACCAGCCACUGCCGCCAGCUGCAUAAAACUCAACUGUAUUGGUGAAAAUGCAAAAGAUUUUAAACCUUGAUUGAUUGUCUUCUUCGGGCUCGAUCGCGAUUUCCAAAAAGCUUUUAAUUGCCCAAAAAUGAAGAACUACCAUGGUUUAUAAUAGCGCGCAUCUCCUUAUGUACAAAACGUGAAAAAAAACCCCUAUUUUUAAUGCAAAUGAGAAAAAAUAAAUAAAUAUUUAAACAAAUUUUAA